UCCAGAAGGCUCACCAAAGAACAGAUGUUUAUAAUGGCAGCAACAGCAUCUAUGAACUUCAGUUCGAUGAUUUGUUAUUCAAUCCUGGGACCCUUUUUUCCAAAAGAGGCAGAAAAGAAAGGUGCUAGUAGUACAACAGUUGGACUCAUUUUUGGAUGCUUUGCCUUAUUCAACUUCUUCAGUUCUCUGAUAAUGGGCAAAUAUCUUGUUCAGAUUGGAGCAAAAUUUAUGUUUGUUUCUGGAAUGUUUGUGUCAGGAUGUGCCACAAUUCUGUUUGGAAUGUUGGACAAAGCUCCCAAUGGGCCGGUGUUUAUAGGACUGUGCUUUUUGGUCCGAGCAGUUGAUGCAGUUGGCUUUUCUGCUGCCAUGACGGCCUCAUUUUCUAUUCUUGCAAAAGCCUUUCCCAAGAACGUAGCUACAGUACUGGGCAGUCUUGAAAUUUUUACUGGACUGGGACUAGUGUUGGGUCCACCGAUCGGUGGCUUUUUGUACCAGUCAUUUGGCUAUGAAAUCCCUUUCAUUGCCCUUGGAUGUGUAGUGCUGAUUAUGGUGCCUCUGAACAUAUAUCUCUUACCCAGAUAUGAUUCAACGCCUGGUAAAGAGUCUUUCUGGAAGUUUAUCACUAUUCCCAAAAUUUUUCUCCUCUGUCUUACUAUAUUUGCCCUAAGUGCAUCUUUGGGCUUUCUAGAUCCAACAAUGUCGCUAUUUGUCUUGGAAAAAUUCCAAUUGCCAGUUGGAUUUGUGGGAUUAGUGUUUCUAGGUUUAGCCCUCUCCUAUUCCUUAUCGUCACCAUUACUUGGUUUUCUGAGUGAUAAAAAGCCUCCUUUAAGGAAGUGGCUGCUGGUCAUUGGAGGCUUAGUGACAUCAUUGUGCUAUUUUCUGCUAGGACCAGCUCCCGUCUUGCACAUUGAAAGCAAACUGUGGCUCUUUGUUCUAAUGCUAGUCAUCAUUGGGUUUUCCCUUGCAAUGAGUGGUAUCCCAGCAUUCCCUGAGAUACUCGGUUGUGCAUAUGAGAAUGGGUUUGAGGAAGGAUUAAGCUUGUUAGGACUGGUCUCAGGACUCUUCAAUGGAUUGUGGUCACUUGGGUCUUUUGUAGGACCAACAUUCGGUGGAUUCCUAAAUGACAAGCUGGGUUUUGAGUGGGCUGCAGCCAUACAAGGCGGAUGGCCACUGCUGAGUGGACUGGCUAUUGGAAUUUAUUAUAUCUAUGAGGCCUCAUGUAGAAGAAGAUCCUCUUCGCAAGACGUGCUGGGUACAGAGGAAGAAAGAGCUCAUCUUUUAUCUAGUGAAACAUAGUUGGAAAUCUUCCCUAUCAGCGGUUCAAAUCUAAUUUUG